UCUCAAGGAAAGAGCUACCGUUGGAAGCGGUGUCCUGUUAUGUUACUUUCUCGGAUUUGUUUCUUGCCCACAGAUAAGCAAGGUGAGCACACCUCCUCACUCUGGUGAUUAUUUUGUGUCUCGGUGUUGAGGCGGCGGCCGCCCGGGCGCACCCACACGCCCCGAUGGCAGCGGGUUUGACCGGUGCGCUCCGGAGCAGCACGUGCGGGUGCCUUGGCCAAGCGGCCUUCCGGACAACGGGCUGCCUCCAUUAAGCACGACCUCGAAAACCCGACGGCUCCGUUUGUCGGUCUGGUGUCUUCCCUCCUUCCUCCCUCAAGUCCCGCAUCCUCGCAGGGGCGACGCCGCGCGCUCGGCCGCAGCACCUGGGCCGUCGCCCUCGCCCAAAGCCGCAGCCUUAGCGGCCGGGGCGCCGCCCGCUGCGCGCCUCAUCUGCUGGGGCGUCGGCCAGACGUGCCUGCCAUCCGAGGCCACCCUCACUCCCGCGGACUCGGGUCCUGAUGGGCGGAGGGGAGUCACCUGGUCACCCCCAGCCUCCCUGUCCGGGGAUCGGAAGCUCAGCCGAACGUCGCUUAAAGGACGGGACUGGGUGCUGAGACGGUAGCAGGUGGCAGGGGGCGUCACUCAUCACCUCGCAGGCAGCCCCAACUCCAAGAUGGGAGGCAAGCUGAGCAAGAAGAAGAAGGGCUACAAUGUGAACGAUGAGAAGGCCAAGGACAAAGACAAGAAGGCCGAGGGCGCCGGCACGGAAGAGGAGGGAACCCCGAAGGAGAACGAGACCCAGGCGGCCGCGGAGCCCACCGAGGUGAAGGAUGGCAAGGAGGAGAAGCCUGCGAAGGACGCCCAGGACGCGGCCAACAAGCCCGAAGACAAGGAGGGCGAGAAGGACGCGGCCGCGGCCAAGGAAGAGGCCCCGAAGGCGGAGCCCGAGCCCACGGAGGGCGCCGCUGACACCAAGCCGGAGCCCCCGCAGGCCGCGGCCCCCGAGCCGGCUGUGGGCGACGCCCCCAAGGCUGCAGAGUCCGAGGCGCCCCCUGCGCCCAAGGCCGACGACGAGGGCAAGGAGGGCGGGGAACCCACAAAGACUGAGGCCCCCGCCGCCGCCGCCGCCGCCGCCGCCGCCGCCGCGGCCGCGCCGGAGACGACGGGUGACGGGGCCCCGGCGUCAGACUCAAAACCCAGCAGUGCCGAGGCGGCCCCGUCCUGCAAGGAGCCCCCGGCCGCCACGGAAGCCCCCAGUUCCACGGCCAAGGCCGCGGCCCCUGCAGCCCCCGUAGACGAGGUCAAAGCCGCCGAGGUCCCGGCCGCCGAGCAAACCGUGGCCGUGAAGGAGUAGCAAGGACAGCAGUGGAAAAGAUGCGCUCACAGCCUGUCUCUCUGUCUCUCUGUCUCUCUCUCUCCUAUACUAACUUGUUUCAAAUUGGAAGUCAUGAUAUGUAUUGCCCAAGGAAAGAAAAAAAGGAUGUCCCAUCGAGGGAGGGAGGGAGGGGGUGGGGAGAAUCCAAAUAGUAUUUUUGUGGGGAAAUAUCUAAUAUACCUUCAGUCAACUUUACCAAUCAGUCCUGGAGUUUAGAGGUCAAUGUCUGAAAGUACAGUACAUCUUCCGUACCCGAACUGCUGUUCCAUGCACUCCGCCGCUCAGACCCGGGUGUCCUGUCUUCUGCAAGGGGGAGUCGGAAGUGAUGCGUUUGAUUCUGCCCACAGGGCCUGUGCCAAGGCAAUCAGAUCCCUAUGAGAGCAGUAUUUUCUGUGUCUUCUUUUAAUUUACAGCCUUUCUUAUUUUGAUAUUUUUUUAAUGUGGAUGAAUGCCAACUUUCAGACAGCCCACUUAGCCUGUCCACAGGUAUCUCGGUACCAAUAUUCCAUUCUUACCUUCCCAGGUAUUUUUGGGAGUAACAAACAUUCUCUCGCCCUCCUUAGCCUCCCUAGAUUUCUCAUGACGAGUUAAUGCAUGUCCGUGGUUGGGUGCACCUGUAGUUCUGUUUAUUGGUCAGUGGAAAUGAAAAAAAAAAAAGUCUGCGUUCAUUGCAGUUCCAGUUUCUCUCCCAUUCUGUGUCUCAGACACCAACACACCACUCAUUGGAAAAUGGAAAAUAAAAAUAAAAAAAAAGUACAAUGGAUGCAUUGAAAUUAUAUGUAAUUGUAUAAAUGGUGCAACAGUAAUAAAGUUAAACAAUUAAAAAGAA